CCGACCAAAGGAGCUUAGAGCGGAACGCGAAAGUAGCCGAGGCGUUUGUGGAAACAGGAAGCAAAAGAGGAAAAGCAAAAGCAGAGGGAUCUCGACUGCACGCUGACGGAUCGCGAAAGGGCGCACUGUUCGGUGACCGAUGCGUAUCAUGGACCACUACGGAAAACCCCUGUUAUUACGAAGGACGCGAGAAGACAUUUUGCGGUGCUUUUUAAAGUGGAAUUGCGUCUCUGCUUAGCUAGCUUAGCUAGCUAGCUUAACGUCUCGUAUAAUUGAAACGGAGUGGCUGACUAGCUAGCUGUGAACGAGGGGGGGUCCUCGAUACGGUUUAAAAUUGAACAAUUUUAUCGAUCGGCUAUCACCGAUGGACUCCGGAAAUUAAAACUAGCUACGGCAUUGAAACAGCAGUACCCAGUUAGCUAGUUGACUGGCGCCAACGCAGUAGUGGCUAACGAAAAGAGAACAUUUUGACAGACAAACAACAUCAGCUAGCUAGCUAUCAGAGCUAGCUAUGGCUAGCUGGGUAGUUAGUCUAGAUAGAUAGCUGGCAUGGUGGAAGAGAUGUAUGUAUUAGUAUCAGAGUCAUGUUACAUAAUUAGCUACAAAAGCGGAUUGUAUCUGAAGAUCGUAUUUCGUUGUUUGUCUCACCACUCAAAUCGACUUUUGACAUCUUCGUUGAACAAAAUCAGAAUGGAUGUAACCACACACAUAGAAUAAGAGACUUCGCAAAACAUGGAUUCAAAUCCUCUUUUAAGUGCCAUGGACCCGUCCAUCACCCUCUGGCAGUUCCUGCUGCACCUGCUGGAGGACCACAGCCACCGCCACCUCAUCUCCUGGACCUCCACCGACGGCGAGUUCAAGCUGCUGGAUGCCGAGGAGGUGGCGCGGCUCUGGGGUCUCCGCAAGAACAAGACCAACAUGAACUACGACAAGCUCAGCCGGGCGCUCAGAUACUACUACGACAAGAAUAUAAUCAAGAAAGUAAGUGGACAGAAGUUUGUCUACAAGUUUGUGACCUACCCUGACCCGUCCGCCGGGGAGGGGGUCCGAGGGGGGGAGGAGUCCCAGCGGCAGGAGACCCAGGUGGACGUGGCAGGCCUGGGUAAGGCCACGGGGGGCGCUGCCCCAGCCUGCCUGUCCAAAAACCUGCAGGUCCAGCGGUCCUCCCCCAGCUCUGUCCAGCGCAACUCCCGGAACGACUACAUGAAGUCGGGCCUGUACUCCACCUUCACCAUCCAGUCCCUGCAGACCCCCUACAAGGCCCAGAAGCCCAUCAAGACCGAGCUCUCGCUGCCCCUGGACACCCUCCCCAAAGCGCCCAGCGCCGACAAGGUGCUGCCAGAGGUGCCCCUGCGUGCGGUGGAGGGGCAGGGUUCUUCGCAGGGUCGGGGCUUCGUGGAGAGCAGCCUGCAGGUGAUAGUCACCCAGCCCUCGCCCUGCGCCACCCCUGCCCUCAGCCCCCAGACCCCGUCAGGGUCGGCUACCGGCAACACGCCUCAAAGCUCCCAGCCACAGAAAGCCCAAAGUCAGGGAGAUCCCCCUCAGAUCUACCUGACCAGCGUUUCGGACCCGAACUCCCUCACUCCCCUCAUCCCCCUGGCCUCCGUCGGCACACCCGUGGCCUCGGGCGAGUGCGUGGUGACCCCGCAGCAGAGCCACCAGGUCUUCGUGGUGAUCAAACCGCCGGCCACCACGCCCGCUGCGCCUGCAGCGCACGCCACUCCCGCCGCCCCCGCCGCGCCCAUCAAAGAGCCCAGCCUCCCGUCCGAGGAGGAGCUGCUGGAGAUCGUGGGCCUGGAGGAGAAGCACGUGGAAGAGGUUCCUGAGCCCGUGCCAGUGCCGGUGCCAGUGCCAGUGCCGGUACCGGGAGGCGCCGAGGUCCCGCCCGCGGUGGAAGCCCCUCCCCCCUGCGUGGAGCCAGCCAGCCAGCCUGUGGGGGAGGGCGAAGGGGAGGGCAAAGACAAGGCAGAGCUACCAGAAAACUCUGUCACGCCAGCAGUGGCCCUUCCUGGCACCGCGCCCCAGGAAGGUCAGCCUCCUAAAUCCAAGAAGCCCAAAGUCCUGGAGCUUCCCUCCUCCCCGACCCUGCUGCCCGCAGGUCUGUCCCUGGACAAGGUCAAUGCGGCGGUCAACAGCCUCCUGGCCCCUGGCAGUGCUACCAACACCCUGACGCCCACAGUCAUUACCUCCCAUGCACUGACCCCUGUCCUGCUGACGCCCAGCCCCCUCCCCUCCACCAUCCACUUCUGGAGCACGCUCAGUCCCAUUGCCCCCCGCAGCCCGGCCAAGCUCUCCUUCCAGUUCCCCUCCAACGGAAGCAAUCAGAUCCAUAUUCCCGCGCUCAGUGUGGACGGGCUGUCCACUCCAGUGGUGCUGUCUCCGGGUCCCCAGAAGCCGUGAGCUUACAGCCUUGGUUGCCCCCUCCCCCGGCCCCUGGGGGCUCCCUUCCCGGCCCAGCCCAGGAAGAGGCUGAGGGCGGACACAUAGACAAGCGGCACACAUCAGUCAGCGGAGCUCUGAGCGCAGCGCUCGGUGACGCUGUUUUUGAGGCUGUGUGUGAGUGUGCGUGUGUACGCACGCGCUGGGACCCGUUUCCCGCUCACCUGGCCCCUGCGCCAGGGUGGAGCUGCAGACAGAGAGGCAGCCGUUACAGCGCUGAGUCCGGGAGAGUUUUACCCCAUCCCUGUGCUUUCUCCUCUUUAUUUAUUAUUAUUUUUACAUCACAGAUGUAGAUUCGUAAGUGCAUCUCUCUCUCUCUUUCAUUGUUACUGAGACUCUCUUUAGGUGGAGUGUUCAACAGUUUUAUAGUUUGCUCUACAGAGUGGUUUAUUCAGGAGCGGGAUUAAAAAAAAAAAAAAUUUUUUUGGACGGUGAAUUAUUUUUGACGAAGAAAUGGAACGAUUCUUGAUCUUGUUUAAACGGCUC